ACCUGGAGAGAAAGGUACACCAGGAUCAAUGGAGUUCAUCCGUGUCAAUAGCAACGAAGCCCUCCAGGGGCCCCCAGGCCCCCCAGGGCCUCCAGGAGAGCCAGGUACAAAGGGAGACUUGGGGUUACCUGGGCCACCUGGUGUUGAUGGGGAACAGGGCCCGAAGGGGGAAAGGGGUGACAGCGGAGAGCCUGGGAUUGCUGGAGAGAAGGGGGAGAAGGGUGACAUGGGCAUGGCAGGGCCUACGGGAGUCGAUGGACCGAAGGGAGAAAAGGGAGACUGCAGGUUCGAGGACACCCUGGCACAGAUGAUCUAUCAGCCAGGGCCACCUGGUCCCCCUGGUCCCCCAGGGCCCCCGGGUUUCAUGGGACACCAUGGAAUACCUGGCCAAAAGGGGGAUCCAGGAGAGGGCAUUAAAGGAGAGAAGGGAGAUGCUGGAGAGAGAGGUGCUCCUGGUGUAAGAGGUUUCCAGGGUCCCCCUGGACUAUUUGGUCUCCCAGGGGCCAAAGGUGAAAAGGGAAAGGCCGGGGAGCCAGGAUUGGACGGUUUUCCAGGGCUGCCGGGAGAAAAGGGAGAUCGAGGAGAAAGAGGCCUGAAGGGGGACAGGGGUACAGUGGGGAAGAGGGGCCUGAAGGGGCAGAAAGGAGAGCAGGGGCCACCUGGACUGGACCAGCCCUGUCCUGUGGGGCGGGACGGCUUGCCCAUACCAGGCUGUUGGCACAAGUGAUCACUAACACGAAGAAAGGCAUCUGUACAUAUUGAUAUGGUAUAUUUUGUAAUAAAACAUUUUUUUUUUCGCUUUUUUAUAUGGAAGCUAUUUUAUAUGUAAUAUAUUGAGCGCUUUUUUUGUACCGGACAUCUUGUUGAUUAACGUGGGACGGAGGAGACAGAGAGAGGCAGAACAUGUGGAGAAGCAGCCGAGGGACUCUGUCUGAGUUGCUGCUACGAUCCAGAGGGGAGACUGGGUGCCAUCCCUGAAAAAUAAGGCUGGCCAGUGUGUCUGCAUCCUGCAUGAGAGAGUGCAACCAACCCUGUGGAUGGUGUGGAGCGGAACGUGUACUGGUGUUAAUCCUGCCAUUCCUUUAGCUGCUGCUUCCUUUGAAAGGACGAGGCGACCUAAUGGGAAACUCACAUAUCUCUCUCAGUCCCAAAAGGGGGAGGAGUUUUAGAGAGAAGGAGGGGCCUCUAUGAUGCCAGUCACACUGAUUGACAGGAGCAGGACUGUGACCUGCCGUCAGGACCUGCUCAGAUUCU